AAAAUUUUUAGUGAUAAAAGGAUGGAGCCGGUCAAUAAUAUUAUUUCUAUUUCCAAGGCUAUUUUGACUUUAUUAGAAGAGAAACGGCGUAUUGACGGUGAACUUGCAAAACACGAAGUACUUUUAAUGGCUAAUCUUAAAUUGAUUACAAUGGAACCUCCAAAGACUAUUGACGAACAAAAUUCGCCAGAAUCACCAAUUUCUGGCAAAUCUGAUGGCUUAAACAAUUAUGAGACUCCAUUACAAAUUCCGUUGGAACGCGAGGAUGUUAAGAACAACAGCGAGGAUAAUAUCAAUCAGGAGACACCGGAAGAACAAAAGCCACCUUCUCCAGAGCAAUUGCCUCUUCCGCAGCCCAACUCAAUUUUUGAUGUAGAAGUUUCUCCUUUGUCUGUCAGCCACAGCAACAAUAACGUCAACAGUGCUGUUGAGGCUCCUCUUUCUGAUGAUGAAACUUUGGAAGUUACUGAUGAAGUUGAACGUGAAAUUGAUCAAGUUGGCAAUGGAGAACGUAAUUUGGCUGAUGCUGGACUUGGUGUUCUACUUCAAGAGCCUCCAACAAAUUUUACUAUGAAACUCGACUUCAGCCUCAAUGAUCUUUUUGCUACUGCCCAAGACAAUUUUCAUUCAACAGAACAAAUAAUUAACAACUUUAAAUGGAUUUUGAAAAUUAAUUAUAGAAAACAACAAGAGUUUAAAGGGAAAACAAUUCCUCUUUCUUUGGGUAUUUUUGUUCAAUGCAAAGGGCCUUUAAAUGAGAAUAAUCGAGGAAGUUGUAUUGUGAAUGAACUCAAUUUCAAAAUUCAUAAUUGGAAUCAGGGCGUUCCCGGGUUGAUGAAGACAAGAGGUUGCUCAACUCCGUUUGAGCCGCCAUUUACUUCAACUACCGGUGUUUGGUUUAAUUUGGAUAAAAAGAAGAAAAUGAUCGAAGAAGGACUUGUUACCAGAGAAGAUCUGAGAAUUCGUGUUUCGGUUGUGCUUAUAUUCCGCCAUCCACACAAUUCUAACUCGGCUCAAAGUAUUCCAGAUGACUAAGGACCGAUUUAAAUAUUGAGAGGAAAUAUUGUUAUGAAGAUAAGUUAAAUUGUUGGAAAUUUUUAUUGGAUUUUUAAAAAUGUUGAGGGGAAUUUUAUUGUUAAAAAUAUUUAAUUUUGGUUGUUUUUGGCUAUUUUUAAUAAAUUCUUUUUUAGUAAAUAAAUUUUUUUAC